AUGGACUACAACUUCUACACCGCGCCCCAGCAGCCAUACUCGCACCUCAUCGGCGUUGGGCCUCACGCCUUUCCUCACUCGGGCCUCGAGCAGGACACGACACACAGCACCGAACCUCUUGACGCCGUCCUGUUUCCUUCUGCCUACGAUGCUACUGGUUUCACCAACGGCUUGCCGACCCCGCAACAGGAGUCCCCAGAAAACGCAGCAAACACUCCCAUGGCUGUCGGUAGCGUAGACUCGGGCAUUGGCGCCGAAUUCGAUGAUGGCCGGAUAAGCCGGGCGAGGAGCAGCAGUGAAGAGAAGGAUAACCUAACGCCUGCUCAGAGCAGGCGCAAGGCUCAGAACCGCGCUGCUCAGCGUGCCUUUCGUGAGCGCAAGGAGCGUCAUGUCAAGGAGCUCGAGACCAAGCUCUCCGCCCUCGAGUCCAGCACCCACUCGUUGCAGUCAGACAAUGAGCGCCUCAAGGCUGCCCUGCAGCGCGCCCGCACCGAGAACGAGAUCCUGCGUGCCACCAGCGGCCACUCGCCUUCGUCCCCACCACAGCCAGUAACUGCAAGCUAUCCCUCGCCCGGCGCCCACCUCCUCCUCGAAGGCCAUGAAAAGGCCGAAGAAUACAACGUUCAGCCCCUGCCCAACGGCUCCGUUAUCAACGCCGCUGGCAAGGAACACUCGCGUCAGGGCGCAAGGGGCAAAGAGGUCCCUGCCGCAAAGGCCUGGGAUCUUAUUCAGUCACAUACUCUCAUCAAGCAGGGCCUUGUAGACGUGGCCGAUGUCUGUGAGCGGCUUAAAGGCUCGGCCAAGUGCGAUGGCCAUGGCCCCGUCUUUGAAGAGAGUGCCAUUUGGCAGGCCAUUGACGAGUCACGGCGCUGCGGAGGUGAUGAAUUGAUAUGA